AAACCCACCUCGCUCGCCUCACUCCCCGCGCUCCCAGCGCACCUCGCUCCCCUCCCCUCCCCCCACCCUUUCCAUUCUCGUCACCCCCUCCGCCCGGGACUCCAGCGCCUUCCAAAGCUCUGCUUCCCCUUUGGUCCCUGCCUCGAUCCCGAUUCGAAUUCGACCUCCCGGCCGGCGACCCAUAUAAGGAUCUUCUGGUGACCUCGGCGGCGGCGGCGGCGUAGCACGUACGCCAUGGCUCGAGGCGACGGCGAGCUCGAGCUCACGGUGGGCGUCCGCGGCGCCGGCGGGCGCGGCGGCGCGGCGCCGGCGGCGGACGCGCCCGCGUCGAUCAGCCUCGGCAGGCUCAUCCUCGCCGGCAUGGUCGCCGGCGGCGUGCAGUACGGCUGGGCGCUGCAGCUCUCCCUCCUCACGCCCUACGUGCAGACUCUGGGGCUUUCACAUGCCCUCACUUCAUUCAUGUGGCUAUGUGGCCCUAUUGCUGGUUUAGUGGUUCAACCGCUCGUCGGUCUGUACAGUGACAGGUGCACCGCGAGAUGGGGAAGACGGAGGCCAUUUAUUCUGACCGGAUGUCUGCUCAUCUGCCUUGCCGUUGUGAUUGUUGGAUUCUCAUCAGACAUCGGAGCUGCUCUGGGCGACACAAAGGAAGAGUGCAGUCUCUACCAUGGUCCCCGUUGGCAUGCUGCAAUCGUCUAUGUUCUGGGGUUCUGGUUACUUGACUUCUCCAACAAUACCGUGCAAGGUCCAGCUCGUGCCCUAAUGGCUGAUUUGUCAGGUCGUCAUGGCCCUAGUGCGGCUAAUUCAAUCUUCUGUUCUUGGAUGGCGUUGGGAAAUAUCCUAGGGUACUCCUCUGGUUCCACAAAUAAUUGGCACAAGUGGUUUCCCUUCCUGAAAACAAGAGCCUGUUGUGAAGCCUGUGCAAACCUGAAAGGUGCAUUCCUGGUGGCUGUGGUGUUCCUGAUCUUCUGCUUGACAAUAACCCUGAUCUUCGCCAAGGAAGUACCAUACAAAGGAAAUCAAAACCUUCCAACAAAAGCGAACGGUGAGGUUGAAGCUGAACCUACCGGUCCACUUGCCGUGUUCAAGGGCUUCAAGAACUUGCCCCCUGGGAUGCCGUCCGUGCUCCUUGUAACUGGCCUCACUUGGCUCUCGUGGUUCCCGUUCAUCCUCUACGACACCGACUGGAUGGGCCGUGAGAUCUACCACGGCGACCCAAAGGGUACCAACGCUCAGAUCGCAGCGUUCGACGAAGGUGUCAGAGUUGGCUCGUUCGGGUUGCUGCUCAACUCGAUCGUUCUAGGGUUCAGCUCCUUCCUGAUCGAGCCGAUGUGCCGGAAGGUCGGCCCGAGGCUGGUGUGGGUGACGAGCAACUUCAUGGUCUGCAUCGCCAUGGCCGCGACCGCGCUCAUCAGCUACUGGUCGCUCAAGGACUACCACGGAUACGUGCAGGACGCCAUCACCGCGAGCACGAGCAUCAAGGCCGUGUGCCUGGUCCUGUUCGCGUUCCUCGGUGUCCCCCUCGCUAUCCUGUACAGCGUCCCCUUCGCGGUGACGGCGCAGCUGGCGGCCAGCAAAGGCGGCGGUCAAGGGCUCUGCACCGGCGUCCUGAACAUCUCCAUUGUCAUCCCUCAGGUGAUCAUCGCUCUUGGCGCUGGCCCGUGGGACGCGCUGUUCGGUAAGGGGAACAUCCCGGCGUUCGGCGUGGCGUCCGGCUUCGCGCUCAUCGGCGGCAUCGUGGGCCUGUUCAUUCUGCCCAGGAUCUCGAAGCGCCAGUUCCGGGCCGUCAGCGGGGGCGGCCACUGAGCCCGGCCCCGCCUGGCCGCCGCCGGCCGGAUCAGGCCGGCGUGCAAGAAGAGUUUGUAUGUUGAACAGAAUAAGAACGGGAAAACCAUCGUGCAGUGUGUGCUUGUUGUGUCCGGUAGAUAGGCAGGCGUGGGCAAGUGGAGAAAGGUAACGUGAGCAUCCAGCACCAGCUGGUAGCAAGGUCUGGUCUCUGCUAGCUAGCUAGUGUAAGGAGCGAGUAGGUCAGUUAAAAGCUGGUGCGUCGUGAGGGCUCGGUCGACCGGCAGCGGUCGCGCUUGCUCCUGUUGCCGAUCAUGCAUGUGUGUAGCUCAGCGGACUGAUCAGGGGAAAAAAAGGGAUUCGAUCGACCAAAAUGUGCAGCAUGAACUGUGUGUUUGCGUGAUCAGAAUUCAGAAACUACUACUAGUGCUCUAGAGUAGUAGAGGCCGCAGUACUAGAUGAUGUUCAUGAUUGGUCUAGAGCUAGAGGCCUACUCCAGCAUCUACUAUGUAUUGUCCGCCGUUUAAGAUUUUUGGUCGGAGCAAUGGAAGCGCCUUGUUUU